CGCACCAUGUACACAAUGCUAUUUACACCCAUAUCCUGACUUUCAGAAGUGCCAUUCUAGUAGAAUGAUACAUUCGCUCUUUUCAUCACCACCAUCUGCUGUGUUCGGCAGCAUAGCCAUAUGGGCGUUGCCGUCGCCGUAGCAGUCCACAGCCAUGGCUCUCAGACGACCUGAGCGGGUUUAUUUGGACGGUGAGAGCGAGAAUGCCAGCGAUGUCUCAACCUCAUCGCAAGGAACUCAAUCCACCCAUCCGCAAACCUUGCCAUCAAUCCGACCGCAAGGCAGGCCCGUCCAUGUAGUAUCCUUCACCAGAUCAUCAGAUGGCGGCUACUCCAGAGAUGAACGGAAUCCCCAGGCCUCGACGCCGAGACACUCUCUACCGACAAGACACUGUUCCACCAGUGGACCUUCCGAUGUAUAUCCUUUCGCGACCGACUUCGGCCCAAGAACAUUGGCAGAAUUUCUGCGGCAAGAGAUAGACAAGCUGAAACUACUUCUCGCAUCAUCCAGAGCAAAGGGCAAAGGAAAGGGGGCAGAACAAGCUGGUAUUUCUGCUUCGGCGGAUACCAACUGCAACAGUUAUCCUCGCGGCAUGUACUCCACGGCGGAACACGAGGCAGCCGUGAACGCUCCUACCACGUCUGACUUGCCAAAAGCCGCCGACCUUUCUUUGCAAGCAGCCACUGACUGGGCAUACGAGGAAGAGCCAUAUGGCACGAGAAACGUGGGUAUACUCCACGGUGGACACGAUGGAUUGCCUUCUGUUGGUAUUCUGCCGGCAUCUGGUCAGUCCCUCCUUUCGACUACUCGGCAAAUGAGCACUCUCUUGAAUACUCGUCGACGUCGAUCGGUACGACUAGCCAGAAUGGGCCCGAGUCCGGAUGCCGGCGAGGUCGGGGGUACCUCCUCCGAACCUGAUGCCAGAUCUCAGGUCGACCAGAACUCGGUCAAGGAGAACUUGUCGCCAUCCAGUAUGCCUAGCCCCAGUAUGCCACCAGCUGUUCAAAGCAAAGCCAGUGGCAGUAGCAAUCAAGGUCUGCCUACAGCCUCUCUCGUGACUGGCACCGAUUCGUCCAGGAGGACUAAGUUUGAAGAGCACACCAGAGCCAAAAGACAGCUUGUUAGGAACACGACUACUGCGGCACUGGCUAAUACUCGAGCCAUCACUAGACAUAUACCCACCAGGCUUCGGCCGAGAUGGAUCCUUGAUAGCCCCGCGACUUCCACUUCACUCCCCGAUGCCCCUGAGAGUGGAAGCUCGUCCAAUCCUGAUGGUGUUGACCGGCUUUCGCAGCCAGCUUUGCCUUCUUUUGGAGGCAUCGGUGGACCGCGGCGGCGAUCAAGUCACUUUUCCCCUCCGAAAUCGAUUCGGUCCAAAAACAUUGAGCCACAGGAGCAGCGUCUCCGGAACGCAGAAACAAGUAGCCAGGGUCAUCUGCUAGCCAACUAUGAAGUAUCAGAUCUCGUCGAGGGCUUCUUUUCGGGCAUGCGUAGUUCUAGGGAUGCUUCCUCGGCAGGAGCACUGACCACUGGCGCGCCACUAGAGGACGACACUGAAGCCCAUCCGGGUCUGUCUCGUUUCGUCUACCAGGAUAUUGUUCCGGAACAGCUUCCUGACGAUGAGAAGAGAGAUUUCUUCCGUGCUGUACAGGAAGUCACCGGUUCAGCAGAUUUGAGGCAGCUGCUCAUGGCAUACGACUUGGGCAUCUCGAUUAGAGAAUUCGCUCGCAUUUCGUCAGUGGACAACGCUGAGUUCCUAGCCCAGACACCUCGGCCUUCAUCUUUAACAUCUUCGUCUACAGCUGAUGAAGACGCCACCGGCCUGAAACAGGAAACCAAGAAACAGUGGUCUAGUCUCAUUGACCUCAACGAUGAUCAUUGGAUGGACAUCGCAGCAUACCUAUCUUCCCAGGAUAUCAAGAACGUCCGACUCGUCAACCGGUCACUUAGCCAGGUCUUGGAUCCCAUCCUGUUUCGCAAUGUGGUAAUCGACUUUGGCAAAUCCUUUUUCGAUGUUGAUAAUACCGGAUGGGACAGCAGGUCUGGGCGGCCUCCGUCAAAUUCCAUGCUAAAGAGACAUGGGGGGGACAUCAACCAGUUUGGCAUCGCAUUCGAAUAUGACCUGGCCGGACUCACAAAUGCAAAGGAGAAAAUCAUAGAAAGAGAGCAGGUUGCAUGGUUUGGCAAAUUCACAUGGCCGACAGAAAACUAUCCCCGAUACCCAACCCUGCAAGCUCUAGAGGAUUUGGUCGACCACAACCGUCCGCUGCUUCGAGAGGCUUUCAAAUACGUAACCAAGGCCUCGGAACUUGGAUUGUGUAUCGACAGCGGACAUGGCUGGAUUGAAGGACCCGACAUCUCCGACCUUGCUCUGUACAACCGACGCACCAAGAAAGGAAGCAAAGUGUUCGGCAAGACCUUCAUCAAUGAAGACAGCUGGACGACUCUAGCUCGAAACCAGUAUUUCAAAUGGGCUCAGCAAAACACCAUCAACGAAACCAUAAAACGUCUGAAAGAACGUGCUUCCAGAAUCCUUCCGGACGCAGUUUCGUCUGACAUAGGAUAUGCUGCGGAUGAGAUCCAGUUCUUGGAAAACCUGAAAGCUCGUGAUAUUGAAAGCUUUCGAAUGCAACGAACCCAGCUUGACACUCGUCCCGAGGCGCACAUUGGUGGCUUUGCAUUCGAUCAGUCUACAGAGGACGAGUACUAUGCUGGAGUCGGUACGAUGGAUCGAGCUCCUCAGUCGAAUGACCAUGAGGCACAAUGGCCAUUGAUCUUUGGUGGUUAUAAUCUUGCCGCCGAGGCUGGAGGCCACAACAGACCCAUAUUCGACAAAACUGCGAAUCCCGCUUGCUCCCCAUUGCUUCCUGGCGCGUUGACCGAAUCACAAGCUCAGUGGUUGAUGGAAACCGUCUGGGCGCAGCGCGCCUUCUUGUCUGCCUAUACCACAGCCAUCAUCACCAACAAACAGAACUUUACGACCAUUAACACCCUCAGAAUUAGUAAAUUGUCCUCCGGCCUCCUACCAUCUCUGGAACAACGGGAAUUUUGGAAAUCUCUUCCUCGAUUGAAAGACUUGCAAAUAUUGAUCAGCCCCGAUUGGCGAAAAGAACAUGUCAUUGGUGAUCGAGCUUAUGCUAAGAACAUGCUCAUAUCCCCUGCGACAGCCGCCAAGAGAUUUACCCGGUUCCUGCGCUUGUACGUUACCAAGAUCGAGAGUCUUCACAAACUGACAAUCGGCUAUGUUGGAGGAGGAGAACAUGCUGUCGGGAUGUGUGCUCGCAAUCAGCAUGUUUUGCCUGCGCCGAUCGUUGAUGAUCCUAUGGAUUGGCUUCACCUUCCUGAUCGGCCUAUUUCCAUCACCAAAUUUGACCAUGUUCGUGACCUCAAAUUCGAAAAUUGUUGGUUUACGCCCUGGAUGUUGAGAGAAUUCAUGAACAAGAGUAAAGACAUCAGUCUUCACUCGCUCACUCUCGAAUCUGUCAGCAUGACCGCCUUGCACAAUGCUAGUCUCGAUCGCCAGUUGUAUGCGCACGGUCCCAAUCAGCGGUGUCUCUUUCCACCGACUUCAUGGCUUCGUGAGACUCUUCCGAACAGUGCUGCCUGGUGUCAGGUUCUAGACGAUAUCACCCCUGGUGCCACACUGGACGACCGCAAGUGGGAUGCCGGACUGGUUGACGACGAGUUUGAGCCGAGACCCGGUCGAUCUUUCCGUGGCCAUAUCCAGGAGAUCGUCCUCAAGAGCUGCGGUUACGUCAGGAUCUCAUUGCCAAAGACGGACGCCGCAGGAUACAGUCAGUGUUCGGCAGUCUGGCACCACAAAACCGCCGUGGAUAAGGGCCUACUCCGACGCAGAUCGCAGUUCGAGAGACCUUUGCGUUCGACUUCAGACGAGGAGGUCGGUGCACUUGCCAUUCAACAGGGCAACCGUCUCGCGGGCAAGGAAUGCGAUGACGACCAUCCUCGACGAGUCAUGCUGAGUUCGUGCACGCCGAAUGGUGAUCAAUACCCUUGGCUGGGUAAGCUCACUCAAUGUGUCCAUCCGAUUGAGAAAAGAGUGCUAGAAGAAGCGUGGAACAUGACCUUUGGUUGGGGCGAUGAUCUCGAGCGGUUCGGUGCCGUGGAAGAUGGUUUCUUUGAAGGAGGGACUGGACGGUUCAGCGGUGUCAUUGAGAAGGAUUCCGACUUCGACGAAGCAGAACACGAGUGAUUGUCCUCGUCUGCAGGCUUGGGGAUGCACGAGUCUGACUGUCUCAGUGAGGCACAUUGUAUUGGACAUGAGAAAAGGCCUGUGUGAGCGACCUAGGCGUUGUAUGAGUGACUAAUGCUUGGAUCCACACGAAUGGAGUCGUCGUUGAUGUUGGCUUGUGGUGGCAUGCGGCACGCGGUAAUUCAGAUGGAUUGAAUCUUGUGUAUGCUAUGAUACCAUGGGGAUGAACUACCACGGCAGAAAAGUGUUUCGAGUGCAUUUCUUAUGUAGUUGAUAUGGAAAGCCAGCAAAGCAGAGAUACCCAAAU